AUGACUUCUUCCCAAAAAACCAGGAGCUUUUCUUGGGGAAACAGAGACCCGGAGGAGGCAGAAGUGACCAUGUUUGAUGUGUUUCACGGGGAGAUGAGAGAGAGGAUCGUGCUACAGAGGCUGAUAGUGAUUGCCCGGCUCCCCCGCGAUCGUGCUGACAGGACAGAACCAGGAGCUCAUUAUGAAAAACUCAACUUUCAGCUCAACAAACAGUACAUAUGGGAUCAAAUGACGGGGCUGCUGUUAAUCUAUCCGUCCUGUCUGCUGCAUGUCAUUGAAUCUUCCAGGGAGGUUCUGGUUUCUGUUUUGAAAGAUCUUAAAGACAUGCAACAACAGCCAGACGGCGCCUUGCUGGAAGCUCCCAAGGUUGUGUUCAUGGCACAUAACCCUCAGAGCCGGCUGUUUCAACAGUGGAGCUACAAGGUGCUGGAUGCAGAUGAGGAGGUGAGGGACUCUGGGGUUAAGAGACUGGAGGAGGAGGAGGAGAGCACAGAGAGUCUGGUUUGCACGGUCCUGUCAGCGCUGCAGAAACUGGGUGAGCACCUCGAGACAUCUAAAAAGGCUGCUCCUGGGUCAGUGCUGGAUGAGAGUCCGGAGCUGAUCGUCUCUCAGGAGGUUCUCCUAAAACUUUUGACCCGAGACGAGCUCCAGACUCCACAACAACACCUACAGAUGUACAACUCAUCAUUAAGCACCACCAUGGACUUUGGACAAGUUGUACGAAGCAGCUGCCUCACAACAGUUUAA